UUCUUUGUUGAAAAAUAUACGCAUUAAAUACAAUAAUAAUAAUAGAAAACAAGUUAGAAAAAUUUCAUAAAAACAAUAAAUUUGAGUGUUAAUUAAAAUAUAAACAAGAGAAGAGUAAAACGAAUAAAAGAAUAUGUCAUGGUUUAAUGUGUGGGACGGUUUAAAGAAUAAAACAUGUCGAUAUUUAUUGCAACGUUAUUUGGGACAAUUUCUAGACGAAAAAUUAAAUCUCGAGCAACUCAACAUUGAGCUGUACAAUGGAAAGGCCACCAUAAAAAAUGUUUCACUGCGCGUAGAGGCUCUCAAUGAAUUACUGGAUGCUCAAGGCUGGCCCUUCGAAUUUACAGAUGGUCAAGUUGGUCUGCUGACUGUGUCAGUUCCCUGGAAUGCACUGAUGACCAAUGACAGUUCAAUUGAAGCGUCCGAUGUGGUGUUGUGUCUGAGGCCUGUUAAAAGGGCCCACGAAUGUCACGAGUCCAUGAUAGAGUCUAUGUGGUCAUCCGUAAGCAGUUCGCUGCAAUUAGCUGAAGAGUGUAUGAGACAGGAAGAGGAUGAUGAGUCAGAAUGUACAGCAACUAAUGCGGGAGUGCAGGCUGGUUCCAUAGUGGGUCUGGAGAAGUUUGCCGAAACAAUAGAUAAUGUUUUAAAUCGAAUACAAGCGAAAUUUUCAAAUAUCACGUUAAAAAUAGAAUAUCCCUGUCAUUAUAGGCUAAGGGGAGUAGCACUAAAUAUCCACUUAAAUGAACUAUUUUAUAAAAAUGAAACUGGCAAUGAGAAAAUGCCACAAAUGUCUAGUACAGAUAGUAGCAACACACCACAAAGUGAACAUGUUAAUCGUUUGCCAACUUACGCCAAACACACAGUAAAUCUGACGGGAGUGUCCAUGUUUACCCAAGAAAAUUGGGUUUCCGAAAGCGAGUGUGGAGUACAGCAUGAAGAUAUACCCAUAUUACAGUUUAUGGGUCAGCAAAAUCUGCAAAUCAAAGUUAAACAGUCGGAUGAGAUAACGGGGCCAAAAAUUUGCUUCGAUGUGGAGUUGGGGGCCAUAUGUGCCAUAUUCUCACCACGCCAACUGCAAUUGCUGACACACUUUCUGGAGGCCUUUAGUGAAGAGGAAUCCUAUAGAGGUGUAAAACAACGAAAUUUAGCCCACUACCCAGACGACUUUGAGUGCCAGCAACAACAACAGGAGCAAUACGACAGUAAUUUAGCCCAUGGCAAUUUAAAUAUGUGGACUUGUGGCCCUUCCACUGUCACAAAUCCUGCCAAAGCAACAAAUACAAAUAUGUAUCGCAAUUGUGAUAACUACAGUGAUUCUAUAGUAUCCUCUUCGUUGAGUUCCAGUACUAUAACCAGCGUCUCGAGAAACCAACGCAAAGCCACUAAUAUAGACUCCAGUGCAGAAAUCUCCAAUUUUGUGAUAAAAAUUAACGCUUUAGUGGGAGUCAUUUUGCAUGAGGACAUUUUGGUAGAAUCCAAUUCGAAUUCUCAUCAACAUUUCUGGAACGAACACAGCCUCAAGGAACUGCUUAAGGUUUCACAACACUUCUUUGAGUACACGGCCGACAUCCCUAUUGAGCGUGAAUUGUCGAGCCCUAGUUUAUAUUCCAGUAAAAAUCAUCUAUUCCUACGACUAAAUCCCAUAGUAGCUGAGGGCAAACAAAAUCGCAAUAAAAACAUCUUACAAAUCACCUCGAGCAUCUCGGCCACCAAGGUGGAGUUGUGCGAAGUGCUGGACGGGCAAGUAACACAUUUGCUGAAGUUUAAUCGCAAUAAGAAUUGUUUCAAUGGCUAUCAAAUAAGGCCCGAAUUCACCAUGAACUUUAGUUCCAGCAAUAGCAUACGAAUGAACAAGAAUAGCCGUACUAGUAUAGAGAUAAUGCUGGAGGAGAAUGUUUUAGAGUUUGAUAUAACCAUAAUUGAUCGUUUGGGCUCGUUUUUUGCUCCCUCACCCUACAGUAAUUACUCUGCGAAAGCUCAAUCAGCAGCCAAGGAAGAUUUAGCUGGGGAUAAAACGGAAUUUUCGGUAAAUUGUGGUUUGAUUGAUAUUAAGUUACGUUUCCCCAUUGUGGACUUGAGACCUUUACAUGAUCCGAAUCGUGUGCCCUGGUGGAAACAAAAUAUACGUACAGAUUAUCUUUUGUUACGCUUUUCCGAAUUUAAAUUAAUAUUUUGCGAAAGUCGCUUGAAAUUUUAUGCCUCACAAAUUGAAAUAUUUUAUGCGGAAACGGAUGACGUGCAAAAUCAUUUACUAACAACCAGCUACAACAAAUUGCUGCAACAGCCGGUGUUAGAGGACUAUCCCCUGAUUCUGGUAGACUUUGCUGAAAGAAAUUAUGCCUCUUUAGAGGCCGGUAAAGAACCAAACCUCCCGUUUAGUGCGAAACGUCAUUGCCGGCAAAGCAGUACCUCGGCGUAUGCCAAUAAAAUGGAUAACGAUUUAACGGAAAAUAUUUUGCUGCCGGGAGAUAAACAUGAAAUUGAUGAAUUCUGUAAAACAACCAUGGACAAUUCUGAGAUACAGGUAAAGCUAAAUUUUCCCGUAGUAGAUUUCUUUGUGGAAUCAAAGCAAUUGUAUGAAGUAAUAUACAAUAGACUCAAUGCGGAUUUGUUUAUGUGGGAGCCCUCGUGUCCGUAUAUCACGAAAUCUUCCGCUUCGGAUAAUCAACCACAAAUGGGCCAAAGUCUUUUAAAUAUGGGUUUAAUGGAUUCUGUUUAUAUAUCAGCCAUAGCACAUAGUGAUGCCUUUUCCGACACCUAUGGACAGCCAAUACAAAGUCUUAGUAGCCAUAAGAGUCCGCUGGUUUUAGAGCAUAGCGAUCAAAGUGAUGAUAACCAGGAGCAAGAAGAUGAUUUAGAGAUUGAAGAUGACGAUGAUGAUGGCAUAUCUUGCAGACAACAGCCUCCUCAAACAUUUGCUGCCAAAAUGUCGCAUCACAAUUGCUCGGUGGAGAUAAUGCUGGGCAAAGUUUCGGGUUCUUGUUUUGUACCCGUACGUGAUAACGACAAACACAUUUUGCCACAGGUUUGUGGCAAAUUUUUACUAAAUGUUGAAAAAGUAAAAAUUUUCCUAGUUGCCGGUUUUAAAAACGACAUGAAUUUAUCGUACUUGUGUACCCAAAUAAAAAGUGGCGAAAUCUAUCACUGUGGCAUAGUGCCCAUGAAUACACCACUGAGAUUUGAUCAUCAAGCCCAAGUGGAAGAUUUUAUGCAGUCCACACUUUACAAAAUACCCCUUGGUCUAACAAAGGGAAUUGUGAUACCCGAAGACGAUCAUGACAUGUUUUCAGUGGUCAUAGAAAUGAAAAAGAAUCCUGUGCAGAAAAUUAAAAGGCUUAAGAUAACUGCAGGCAUACGUUACGCCACUCUACGCUAUAAUCCUUCGAGCCCUACUUUAUAUUGGAUAAAUCAAUUGAUUGAUUUCCUAGAUGUCGCCGACUAUCCCAUUGAGGGCUAUAAACCAUUUAGUGUUUUGUCCGAAAUGCAAUUACACUUGUGGGAUUGUGCCAUAGAUUUUCGCCCAGAGAACUUCCCUUACCGGGCGGUUUUGGAAUUGUUCUAUUUCUCGGUAUGCAGCAAUAUUAUACCCUCAAUGCCCUGUUGUAAUCUACGCUUUGUCUUGGAGGAAUGUGUUCUAUCGCUGGCUCCCUUUGAUGAAUCAACUCACAAGAAAUAUCCCUGCUAUAAGAUCUCGAGUAUAGAUAACAAAAGUCUAGUGCCCGUUUUGGAUGUGGGUUUAUUGGAUAUUUCGUUGCGUCUUAACGAUGAUGAAACCGAUAAAUGCCCCACCUUUGAUUUGAGAUGUUCCAUACAUGAUGUACAUUUUCGCACUUGUUAUGAUUCGGGCAGUGCAUUUGCUCAACUCAUCGGUUACAUGGCCAGCAAUACGAAUGCCAACAAUGAACAACUAAACGCUAAAGAGCAGUCGUUGCAGUCCUCUCUGAGUUCGGAAUCGGAUUUCUUUUUAUCACAAACUGAACAGCAGUUAACGAAAGAGAUUACUAAGAAACAGCAAGAACGUGUCAAUAUACUAAUGGCCGAAGCGGUGCAAGAAUCCCCGGAAGAACAACGUACUUUGCAGACCAUAGACGAAGAGCCCGUACGGGGAAAAGAUGAACUUAAAUUGUUUUAUUUCCCCGAUGAAAAUAACAAACACCUAAUAAAACAGGACUACACAACAGAAAUACCAGCAAUGGAGACAUCUACUUUAAUGACAUCUAGCAUCAGUUUAGAUACUGGAGAAACUUUACCCAUUAUAAAAGCCGACUUUGGUGAUAUAACAGAAGAUGACAGCGCUUUAUUUGAAGAUCUGCAUAAUGGCUCAUCGAACGAGGAAGACUACUGUAUAAUCGCCGAAGAAGAAAAAGUGUUUGUGAAUUCAAAAUUUUCUAGCAGUUCGAUUGAAGUUUCCGAUGAUCCUCUGAUGAUAGUUGACAAUCACUUUUGUCUACCCUCGUCUUCCAGUAAUGAUCUGCUCAGAACACCCACUAAUUUUCCCGUGCCGGAACAACGUUAUACUCUCUGUGAAAUGACCAUUACCUGGCACAUGUAUGGCGGCCAUGAUUUUCCGCCUUCCCCUACUGCAUCCACAACCCCAAAUAUGAAAGCUGCAGCAGCUUCAUCUGGAGAGGCAAGUGCAAAUAAAACUGCCAUGUCCGAUACCUACCGCCAGGGUGUGUUCUAUGCUAACGAAUCGAGUCGCCUGCCUCAGCACAAGAAACCUAAAGAAAAACUCACCUGGAAGUCGGUGGGUGGCAGCAAUCGCAAUCAUGAAGUAUUGGUGGAAAUGCAAUUUACCAAGGUGAGAUUUUCCUAUGAAAUGUAUCCUCGUCACACUUCAUACGCCUCGAGGCAAGUCCUGGUAGUGAAUGAAAUCGAAAUACGAGAUCGUUUACAAAGUUCCGAAAUCAACAAGUUUCUCUACAAUGCCAACACAAAAAGUUUUAGCAAUCGCAGAAACCAACACAUGGUGUUGGUUAAAGCCAUACAUGUACGACCAAAUCCUCAGCAAAGUAAUAAUCAAGAGUGUUCGCUGCGUAUAUCGCUCAGCCCUCUGCGUGUUCACAUCGAUCAAGAUACUCUGGAAUUUCUAACGGACUUUUUCACCAAUUUCGGUAAAGCCUGUGACAAAGAUAACUCAACAGUAGACGAAGGCAAACAAAGUAAACUCGCGCUAGCUAAAACCGAAGUUCCCAUAAUGACAAUCAACGAAGAUGAACCAGAAAUUCCCGACGCUGUAAACGAUCUGAGAGCUCGUCGUAUUGUCAAUGAAAAUAUUUCUCUAUUAAUCGAUGAACAGGAAAGUGCCGACAGCAGAUCUGUUAGAUCUGAUAGCAAUGUCUCGGUGGUGUCGCAAGAAAACAAUACCGCGCCUAUAUUUUUCCGCGAAAUUAUUUUCACUCCUGAUGUGUCCAUCCGUUUCGAUUAUCAUGGCAGACGUGUAGAGCUGUCUAAAGGACCCAUAGCUGGCCUGUUAAUGGGACUGGGUCAAUUGCAAUGUUCCGAAAUUAUUUUACGCAAAAUCAUUUAUAGACGUGGCGUACUGGGCUUUGAAAAGGUGUGCAAUUAUCUGUGCAAAGAAUGGUUGAGGGAUAUAAAACGUAAUCAAUUGCCCAAGAUAUUGAGCGGAGUAGGUCCCACUUAUGCUUUCGUUCAGCUAUUUCAAGGCAUAUACGAUCUGUUUUGGCUACCCAUAGAACACUAUCAGAAAGAUGGCCGUCUCAUCAGGGGUCUGCAGUUGGGUGCUCAAAGUUUUAGUGCCCGCACAAUACUGGCCGCUCUGGAAAUCACCUCUAGGCUGAUACAGCUUUUACAAUUCACCGCAGAGACAGCUUUCGAUAUGGUAUCUUCGGGACCCUCGGUCCGACAAUCCAAGAAAAGCAAAAGGGGUCGCAAAAAGCGUCACAAUCGCCCCAGGGAUAUACGUGAGGGUGUGGCUAACGCCUAUCACAUUCUCAAAGAUGGCAUCAAUGAUUCGGCCAAUAAUCUAAUAGAAACAGCAGCCGCUGAACAUGACCAAAAAGGUUUGACCGGGGCAGUGGGUGCUGUUAUGCGUCAAGUACCCCAACUUGUGGUAUGUCCCGCUGUGUUGGCUACACAAGCCACCACCAAUAUAUUGGGUGGUGUAAAGAGUUCUUUGGUACCUGAAGCAAAACUCGAAGCAAAAGAGAAAUGGAAAGAUGACAACUGUUAGUUAAUAACUUUAGUCUGAUUAAAACAUACGGCGAAUAGAAAUGAAAACAAACUAAACAUAAACAAAUAUGUGGAAUUCUUCUUCAAGAUAAAUUGAAGUUUUUAUUAUUAUUAUAUUACAAUUACAAUUCUUAUUUUUUCAAAACAAAGGUGCACAUCAAAUUAUAAUUAAGAUAUAUUUUACUUAUUGUUAUUUUUUACUUCUGCCUUAUACAUAAAUACAUACUAUAUACAUACAUAUAUAUAUACAUUCAAAAGUAAAUACAAAA